AUGUAUCAACGACCUCAAGAGGAGGAUGACGGGGGGCUACGACGCGCGAGUAGCUCAAACACUCGACCCUACAACAUUUCUCCUACGCAAUCAGACUUUCGCGCCCCAUAUUCACCCACGAAUGGAACUCCAUCGAGGUCCCAAUUCAACACUCCCUACCAUCCUCCGACUCCAACUGCUGCUCCGCUGUCUAUGACAUCCCCUCACAUUCCUGGUCAUCCAACUUCGCCGAUGACUUUGGCAGCCCCUUUAUCAUAUCACAGUGAUUAUCAGCCGCCGCCACGCGACAAACCGGUCAGCAAUUAUUACGAUCCAACCUCCGACUCGAGCGAGAGAAAGGCGACAGAAAGUACGGGAUGGAGUGAAGGGCAGACCCAGACACCACAGAGUCGAGAACCUUACCCGUAUCCAACAACUUCUGUCGAGCCACCGAAAUACCCCAGCCAUCAAAACGGUGCCUUCACUUCACCCAUUACCUCCAACUUUCCACCGCGAUCACCCAUCUCACACUCUCACCCUCAAGCUCGCACAAUAUCGCAGUCACCAAGACUGGCACCGAUGGCUUCGCCAGUCGUGCGACAUAAUGGCGUUUCUUUGGGAGCAACAGUCAAAAAUGAAGCUCAAGUCAAAGCAGACCCCCUACCUCCCGUAACCACACCCAGCAGACCAGCAGACCCGAUGGCAUUUUCUAGUAUUCUCUCGAGCGCAGAUCCUCCCCCGAAACCAAAACCGACUCCAGUUGUUGCGAAACCCCGGAAAGCCUCGAAAAAUUCGCUUCCUCCACCCCCAGUCGCCGCCACAAUGUCAAGGGAUAGCUCUUCACACUCAUCUCUCGCACCGACGCCAGCCCCAACAUUAUCACGAGUACCUGCGAAGCGCAAGGCUAACGGGGAGUCCAAGAAGAGCCCUCCAAAGCCUAAGCAAUUGUCUAAAGAACAAGAAAAAGAAGUACAGGCUCAGAUGGCGAAGCUAGACGCUGAACAAAUUCAUACCGACAUGCCCGAUUUUGAAGAGGACAAGAAGGUCUACAAGGCUUUAUGCACCAAACGCUUGCUAAAAGCCGAAUCUUUAGAAGUAGUCAAGACGAAACGACGCCGUACGCAUUACACCGAGAAGAUGGCCACCAUGCUGGGUAGACAUGCGGAUAUGGGGGAACAGCGGUACAGAGAUAUCUACGCUGACGAUGCUGUUACUGCUGUGCAAGAAAAAGAGGUCCAGGCCGAGAAGGAACGGAAGAAGGACAUGCAGAGAAAGCGUCGCCGCGAAAAGACUGUUGCUAUGAACAUUGAGCAGAAAGACGCGCUCCUGGCCAAAGCACAAGAAGCCAACGACGAAACCGAGAAGCAGAAACUCCUCAAAGAGGCGCAGAGGGCAGAAAAGAAGGCUCAACAGACGAAGCUCAUUCUCGCACGAGGAGAUAAGGGUCCAGAGAUCAAAGCUGUAUCACCUCUGGAGCCGAAUCUUUCUGGUGGUAUGAUGUCUACUUUCACGGCAGUCGACCCGGAUCCAGCACCGAAGCAGAAAAGCAAGCGUGGUGGUGCUCGGUUACGAAAGUCGAAAGAGCAGAAACAGGCGGAGAAAGAUUCGGCAGAAGCUGCUCAAGCUGCCAUCGAUGCUGGAGAAGACCCUCCCCCACCACCCCCUAUUAAGGAAGAGGCUCCGAAAAUUAGACUCAAGUUGUCUAAAGAGACUAAAGAAGCUCGAGAGGAGUCCCCCGCAACCUUCGAGCCGUAUGUCUCCAAGGGUUACAAUCAGAUAUAUGAUCAAAUCUGGCGUGAUCUCGCUCGAAAGGAUAUUAGCAGAGUCUAUAAGCUCGCCGGGGAAUCUUACGCGACCAAAACUUCCAAUCUUAAAAAGACUGCCAUUCUCGCCUCGAAAGAAGCCAAACGAUGGCAACUCAAAACGAACAAGGGUACGAAGGAUCUUCAGGCCAGAGCGAAGCGUGUUAUGCGUGAGAUGAUGACUUUCUGGAAGCGGAAUGAGCGAGAAGAACGGGACUUGCGGAGAGCGGCAGAGAAGGCAGAGAUUGAGAAUGCCAAGAAGGCCGAAGCUGAUCGAGAAGCUAAUAGACAGAAGAGGAAACUCAACUUCUUGAUCUCUCAAACCGAGCUUUACUCACAUUUCAUCGGCAAGAAGGUCAAGACUCGCGAGGUUGAGAGAUCGACCGAUCAUCCCGACGAAGCUGUUUCAGAAGCAAAAGCUACAGAAGAUUCAGGUGCUUCGAUGAUUGACGUCUCGGAGCACAGCACUGCUCCUGCAAAGGUCACUAACUUCGAGGAUCUGGACUUCGAUGCUGAUGAUGAAUCGGUUCUCAAAGCGGCCGCUAUGGCUAAUGCUCAGAAUGCCGUCCAGGAAGCUCAGAACAAAGCCCGGGCGUUCAACCAACAAGACGGUGCGCCGGCAAUGGACGAGGAAGGCGAAAUGAACUUCCAAAAUCCUGCGGGAAUUGACGACGUUGAUCUCGAGCAACCAAAGAUGCUCCAAGCUCAGCUUAAAGAGUACCAACUCAAGGGUCUCAACUGGCUGGUCAAUCUCUACGAACACGGUAUCAAUGGUAUCUUGGCCGAUGAGAUGGGUCUCGGCAAGACUGUUCAGUCUAUUUCGGUCAUGGCAUACCUUGCCGAGAAGCACGGGAUUUGGGGACCCUUCCUCGUUGUUGCGCCGGCUUCGACGCUCCACAAUUGGCAGCAGGAAAUUACCAAGUUCGUGCCAACUUUGAAGGUCUUGCCUUAUUGGGGUACAGCUGCAGACCGAAAGGUUCUUCGAAAGUUUUGGGAUCGGAAGCAUAUCACCUACACCCAAGAUGCGCCAUUCCACGUUCUAAUUACAUCUUAUCAGCUCGUCGUCUCGGAUGUUGCCUACUUCCAGAAGAUGAAAUGGCAGUACAUGAUUCUAGACGAGGCCCAGGCUAUAAAGAGCUCGCAGAGCUCAAGAUGGAAAAGUCUUCUCGGAUUUCACUGCCGCAAUCGUUUGCUACUUACUGGUACUCCUAUCCAGAACAACAUGCAGGAGCUGUGGGCCUUGUUGCAUUUCAUCAUGCCUUCCCUGUUCGAUUCUCAUGACGAAUUCAGCGAGUGGUUCUCCAAGGACAUCGAAAGCCACGCUCAGAGUAACACUAAACUCAACGAGGGUCAGCUCAAGCGGUUGCAUCAAAUCUUGCAGCCUUUCAUGCUUCGUCGUGUUAAGAAGCAUGUCCAGAAAGAGUUGGGUGACAAGAUUGAGCUCGAUAUAUUCUGCGAUCUCACAUAUCGCCAACGCGCUUACUACCGCAAUCUCCGCAACCAAAUCAGUAUCAUGGAUCUCAUUGAGAAAGCAACACUGGGUGAUGACAAUGAUACUGGGACUCUGAUGAACUUGGUGAUGCAAUUCCGAAAGGUUUGCAACCACCCCGAUCUCUUCGAACGAGCAGAGACAAGUUCACCUUUCUCAUUUGGCCAUUAUGCUGAGACGGCGUCAUUUAUGCGUGAGGGUCCGAGCAUCAAUGUUGCCUAUUCAACCCGCAACCUAAUCGAGUAUGAACUCCCGAAGUUGAUCUGGCGUGAAGGUGGCAGACUCAGUCAAGCUGGACGAGACAAUGAGAAAGCUGGUUUCAGGGGCAAGUAUUUGGAUCAGCUGAUGAAUAUCUGGAAGCCAGAAAACAUAUUUGAAAACACAAAGGACAACGAAGCAUUCUCAUGGCUGAGAUUUUCCGAUACUUCCAUUAACGAGCUCUCAACGGCUUCUCGCAAGGAUGUCUUUGGUCGCGCUGUGGAUCUUGCCCAGAAACCUCGCCGCCUUGGUGCAUUGAGCAUUGUGUAUGACGAAGAGGAAGAAAAGACUUUCACUCCAGCUCAAGCCAUGCUUCGAGUUGUCGAUCGUCAGGAUCGUAAGCCGCUUGCAGAAGUCACCAACGAAGGAUAUCUCAACAAGCUCUUUAACGUGGCCAAGGAUGUUUGGGCCGAUUCUGGUCUUAGUAGGAUGGAACAAUGCGGUCGCCCAAAAGCAUCCGCCCCGCCUAUCGAUGUCUUCUGCGCUAGUCGUGGAGCAAUCAUUGAGAAGGAAAACAUCAUGUUCAAUGUGCCCAUCCGAAGAGCCCUCUAUGGUCCGUCGCCCGUGGAGGAGAAGGCCUUAAUUACAUCCAAGGUUCCUUCUUCAUUCUACCCACCUACCAAGAUGCUCCCGGCACCAACAUCAGAGAAACAGCGCUUCACAAACAUCAGCGUUCCUUCAAUGCGUCGCUUUGUCACUGAUUCUGGCAAGCUCGCCAAGCUUGACGAGCUGUUAUUCAAGCUCAAGGAAGGUGGCCAUCGGGUGCUGCUAUAUUUCCAAAUGACACGUAUGAUCGACUUGAUGGAAGAGUAUCUUACGUACCGGAAUUAUAAGUUUCUUCGUCUUGAUGGUUCUACCAAGCUUGAAGACAGAAGAGAUACAGUCCACGACUUCCAGACCAGACCUGAAAUCUUUAUUUUCUUGCUCAGUACUAGAGCGGGUGGCCUGGGAAUCAACUUGACAAGUGCAGACACUGUCAUCUUCUACGACUCCGAUUGGAAUCCGACUAUCGAUUCUCAGGCUAUGGACAGAGCCCAUCGUCUGGGACAGACCAAACAAGUCACUGUGUACCGUAUGAUCACCCGUGGUACAAUCGAAGAACGUAUCAGGAAUCGUGCUCUGCAGAAAGAAGAAGUGCAAAAGGUUGUCAUGACUGGUGGCAGUGGAGGUGGUGUUGAUUUCAACACCAGGAGCAAGGAGAAUCGUACCAAGGAUAUUGCCAUGUGGCUUGUGGAUGACGAAGAAGCUGCCGAGAUCGAACGUAAGGAAGCUGAAAUAGCUGCCCAGGAGGCGAAAGAACAACCGACUGGCAAAAAGGCAAAGGGCAAGAAGCGAAAGAUCGAGGCCAGUGGGAGCUUGGAGGACUUGUAUCAUGAAGGCGAGGGGCACUUUGACGAUGGAAGUAAUAGACCAUCUGGAGCCGCAACCCCGGUCCCAGGAGAAGCUUUAGGCCCGAAGGGAAAGAAGCCUCGAAAGUCCGGCGGGAAGAAGGCUAAAACGGCGAAACAAAGACUUGCCAUGGCUGAUGGGGAUGUUGAUAUGGGCUAA